AUGGCCCGAGAAGGCAGCCCUAAGCGCCGGAAGCUGGACUCAGACCGCUUGACUCCAACUUCGUCCAGCCAGCCAUCCAGACACCUUUACGCCCCACGAAGUCGACUACAAACUAACCGAGAUGACAAGCUUGUCAGCACCAGUCGUGCGUCCACUCCCCGCGGCAUACGCAAUGGAGAUUCUACCCCUCACCAGGAGGCGUUUCAAGGCCCAGAAUCACUUGUCGAUAUCGAAGACACCCUCGCACUAGAUCGGGACUGGUACACAGGUGACGAAUUAGGACAUACCUUCGGUGACGAGACUCAUAACCCGUUCGGUGGGGCGGACAGCACAUGGGCGGAUCAACAGCGCGAAGCAGCACUGUCCGAGAGGAAGAAUAACAAGCGCAUUAGUGCCCGCGCAGCGCAGAAGCAGAAGGAUGUCGACGCCUGGGAGACGAAUCGCAUGUUGACCUCUGGCGUGGCACAGAGGAGAGAAUACGAUGCCGACUUUGACGACGAUGAAGAAUCCACUCGUGUUCAUUUGCUCGUGCAUGAUUUGCGCCCACCGUUUCUAGACGGCCGGACGGUUUUUACAAAGCAACUGGAUCCUGUCUCUGCUGUGCGGGAUCCACAGAGUGAUAUGGCAGUGUUCAGCCGGAAGGGAAGUAAGGUUGUGCGCGAGAAGAGAGCGCAGAAGGAACGACAGAAGCAGGCACAGGAUGCUACUAAGAUGGCUGGGACGGCACUAGGGAAUCUCAUGGGCAUUAAGGAGGAUGAUGGAGAUAGUGCAGCAGCGAUCCCUGCGGAGGAGGAGGGCCAACAUAAGGGUAGUAAAUUUGCGGAGCAUUUGAAGAAGAGUGAAGGAGCCAGUGCUUUUAGCAAGAGCAAAUCGCUUAAGGAGCAGCGGGAGUAUUUGCCAGCUUUUGCAGUCAGAGAGGAGCUUUUAAGGGUUAUCAGGGAUAACCAGGUAGUAAUUGUCGUUGGGCAAACUGGUUCAGGAAAAACCACCCAAUUGACGCAAUUUCUUUACGAGGAUGGAUAUGCAAAACUUGGAAUGAUUGGCUGUACGCAACCAAGACGUGUCGCUGCGAUGAGUGUCGCGAAGCGCGUCAGUGAGGAGAUGGAGGUUAAAUUGGGAGGUCUUGUUGGAUAUGCCAUUCGUUUUGAGGAUUGCACCAGCAAUGAAACAGCUAUCAAAUAUAUGACCGACGGCGUGCUGUUAAGAGAGUCUCUGGUUCAACCUGACCUUGACAAAUAUUCUUGUAUUAUCAUGGAUGAAGCCCAUGAGCGGGCCUUGAAUACGGACGUCUUGAUGGGUCUCAUUAAAAAAGUUCUUGCCCGUAGACGGGACUUGAAGCUCAUUGUCACUUCAGCCACCAUGAACGCAGAACGAUUCUCGAAAUUCUACGGCGGAGCUCCAGAGUUCUUCAUCCCUGGACGGACAUUUCCUGUAGAUAUUCAAUACUCGCGAUCACCUUGUGAAGACUAUGUCGACAGUGCAGUGAAACAAGUUUUGGCUAUCCAUGUUUCGCAAGGACCUGGGGAUAUUCUUGUUUUCAUGACCGGGCAAGAGGAUAUCGAGGUGACUUGUGAAAUAAUAGCAGAGCGAUUAGCCCUCCUAAAUGACCCCCCGAAGAUUAGCAUUCUGCCAAUAUACAGUCAGAUGCCGGCUGACCUGCAAGCAAAAAUUUUCGACAGGGCCCCGCCCGGAGUUAGGAAGGUGAUUGUUGCCACCAACAUUGCGGAAACUAGUUUAACUGUCGAUGGAAUCAUGUAUGUGGUCGAUGCUGGAUUUUCUAAAUUAAAGGUUUAUAAUCCACGAAUGGGAAUGGACACCCUCCAAAUCACACCCAUCUCGCAAGCGAACGCGUCGCAGCGUGCUGGUCGUGCUGGACGAACUGGACCUGGCAAAGCUUAUCACUUGUUCACAGAACUUGCGUUUAAAAACGAAUUAUACAUCCAGACCAUCCCUGAAAUCCAGCGAACAAACCUGUCCAAUACAGUGCUUUUGUUGAAAUCCUUAGGGGUCAAGGAUCUGCUCGAUUUCGACUUUAUGGACCCACCGCCACAGGACACUAUUACUACGUCGCUCUUUGAUCUCUGGGCACUGGGCGCCAUUGAUAAUCUUGGAGACUUGACACCAAUGGGUCGCCGCAUGAGUGCUUUUCCAAUGGACCCAUCUCUCGCGAAGCUUCUCAUCAGCGCGUCUGAAGAAUAUGACUGUAGUGAGGAGAUGCUAACGAUUGUUUCAAUGCUUUCCGUACCUGGUGUAUUCUACCGGCCCAAAGAGCGCCAGGAAGAAUCAGAUGCUGCCCGAGAGAAAUUUUUCGUGCCUGAAUCCGACCAUCUGACUCUGCUCCAUGUAUACACACAGUGGAAAUCGAACGGCUACUCGGAUGCAUGCUGCGGAACUGACUGGGACGUUAUACGAAAGUGUAUAUGUUCUGGCUACUACCACCAGGCUGCCAGGGUCAAAGGGAUUGGCGAGUAUAUUAAUCUCCGCACUAGCGUAACCAUACAACUUCACCCUACGAGCGCGCUAUACGGUCUUGGUUACCUUCCCGACUAUGUGGUAUACCACGAAUUGAUUCUAACGAGCAAGGAGUAUAUGUCUACCGUUACAUCUGUGGACCCUCGGUGGCUUGCGGACCUAGGUGGAGUUUUCUACUCGAUAAAAGAAAAAGGUUACUCGGCCCGUGAGCGCCGUGUGACGGAGCAUGAAUUCAACAGGCGGAUGGAAAUCGAGGCACAGAUGGCUGCUGAUCGCGAACGUGCAGCUGAGCAAAAACGGAAAGCUGCUGAAGAGGAUACACUGCGACGGAAGCAGGAUGCGGAAGGUAGCUCUGCUCAUGUAGGGAUGAAACCUGUAGUAAAACUGCCAGUGAGGAAGCCUGGAUCUUAUGUCCCUGCUGGGGCUUUGCAUUGA